AUGGAGGAGGAGGCGCCACCUCCCCCGUACUCGGCCGUCGACCCAUUACUUGCACCGGCGAAUACCCGGAACAAUCCCGCUUCCCCGGCCCCAAUUCCUCUUGCGGGAAAUGUAUCCCUGUCGCAAGAUGCCAGUAGUUCUCGUGUUCCUGCACAGCCCACGGUCGUACCUACACAUUUUACAUCCGCAGCUGCGUACUUCGACGAACGGCUUCCCUCAACCUUGGACGAGAGCCGGGCAAUUUUGCAACAUCAUAUGACCAUCUACCCCCGGAGCCAAGCCAAGGAUUUCCCGCGACGGCCGCGGUGCUGGGCCACGCGUUUAAACGAGAUCACCCAGCAGGACUGGGAUAUCUUUCUGAAAUAUCUCUUCCCCCCGCAAUUGGGGCUUGCGGCGUCUUCUCAACAUCUACCGCGUCAACUGCGAGCGGAAAUUAGACGAGAUCGCAAAGAUCGCCCGCAAGAGACCGACGAGCAGCGGAAAGCUCGCAUUGCUGCCGUUGUUGCAGAAUGGAACGAAUGCUUCUUUGGGUUCCGCUCUACUCGGAUUGUUUUCGUCUACGUAGGCGAGCCUGAUUCUGCGCCGUCUUCCGCUCUAUGUCCCCGAUGCUACCCAGCAGCAACCGGGUCAGUCGAAGGCCAAGCAGCUCGAGAUCCGAAUACUUCCUCACCUGUCCCUGGGCAAUAUGUCCCUCCACCAACUCCCUGGCCGAUGCCUCAUCCUCCCUUCCACCAUCCGCAUGUACAUGUGCCGCCAGCUCCGUAUGGACUUUAUGGUGUCCCCCCAUACCCUCCUCCUGUAUCUCCCAACCAACCACCUCAAUACUACCCCCAUCCACAGCCACAUGGCCCAUUACAAUGGAACAAUUGGACAUAUCCGCGACAACCACAGCAAACCCAGUACCAAGACAACAGCGCCUCCAAGGGUGGGUCCUUUGGAUGGAUUUCGCAGCUCGCAUCACAAGCACAGAAGUAUGGAGAGCGCUUUAGCGAACAGGCACAACAUUAUGGAGACCAGAUCAGUGCUCAGGCUCAGCAUUAUGGACGGCAGGUGGAGGAGCAGGCUCUUGCACAUGGCCGCUGGAUUGAAGAGCAAGCAGGGCUUCAUAGCCGCAAAGCUCCGAUGGCUGCGGCCCCAUACGGUGGUUAUUACGGCCGGCCGGCCUGGGAUAAUUCACCUCGGCCGAUGACCAGCAUUCCAAUGACACAUGUUCAGAGCCCGAGUCCUGUGACAACCCCCAACACGACGGCUCGCCCUGAAGUAAGCAAUCACAUCAUGGAUAGUGAUAAACCCAAACCUCUGGCGCAACAACCUCCGGUAGUGGCUCCCGUCACUGAGCGCACUCGACGAGUAUCAGUGAGCUCCGUCUCAUCCGAAUCCUCCUUCAGCUCAAUCGAUUCUAUCUCUACCACAUCGGACCUAGGAGUCACAGAUCUUGCCACAGUGCGCAUUCAGCUCGAACUGCUGGACGAUCGACAUGACCGAGUACUAUAUGAGGCCGCCGUCGAUCUCCGCCGGCAACUCGCAGUUCUACAAGAAUCCCGGCGAGAAUCCAAGUUUUCUGGCAAAAACAACUGGCGACCGGGCUUCAGCCAAAGCCAGCAAAACAAUCAACCAUCCGGCGAUGCCGACUGGGGCCGCUGGGAGUCGCCCGAGCAGCAACAACGUACCUCCGCCGACAGGCGUGCCAUGAAAGAAGAAAUGCGCGCUACCAAAAAGGCGUUCCGAGACACACUCCGCAGAGCACGCGAUGAACAGCGCGAACGUCGCCGCACUCGCCGGCGCCAGGCUCGACAAGCCCGCGCCCAUGAUGGCAACCAGGCGAAACAGCAACACGACCAGCCGCUAGAUCAACAGCUUAGAACAAUGCGGUUGGAAGAUUCUCGGCAAUCGUAUGAGUCUGUGUCUGCACGUUCAGUCAACACACCGUCACAACCUAGUCCGGUUGCUGUUCCAAAUAACCUAAAUGUCGGUUUUGGGUUUGCCUCUAACCCCCCUUCUAUCUCGCGGGCAAGCACAGAGGAAUCUAUGUCUACUAGGGGCUCUACGGGGACAGGAAAGAAUGAAAAGGCAGCUGAUGCGUCGAGUCGAUUGAAAGAUAUGCUUUUAUCACGCAAGACGAAGAAACAACAAUCGAAGGAGGAGGAAGAUGCGGGAAGCAACUAA